GGUUUGGGAGCUUUCGGGAUUUGGCUGAAACAGAGCGUGAAAGGGAGGGAUCUACCUUCACAGCCGACAAGCUCUUGUGGUUGCUUCUGAUCGGGCACAAAAAGGGCAAGGGAGGUGUUGGCUAAGGGAUUUGGCUGGAGAGGUGUGGGAGAGCUCUCGGUUUGGGGAUUGGAUUGCAGGAGCGGGGUCGGUCGGCUAGGGUGGAAUCGGAAGCAGCGAUCGGAGGUCUCGGCUUGGAGAGGAGGUAUGAGAAAGGAGCUCUCUCCCUCUCUCUCUAUCUCUCUCUCUGCUUGCAGUUACGAUGCGAUCGAGCAAGGAUCGGAAGGUAGAAGCUCGGGCGCCGGCUCUAUCGAGGUCGGAUGGAGCUCGGGAAGGCCAUGGGUGAAGACCAACGGUUUGGAGAGGGAGGAGCUUGGGAGGAAGAGAUGCGGGAAGAAGGAGAUCGUGGAAAGUCUGGCUUUGGGUUUUCGAUCGGGAGCUUCCGGUCGGCUUAGAGGCAGAGGAGGUCGAAUGCAAGGAUUCGUGGAUUUCGGGAGGAGAAGCAGAGAGCCGAAUGCUCUGUUUCGCUUGGUAUUUAACGACGCCAAAAGAGCUGCGAUCGAGGCCGGUUUCGCGCAGGUAUUACGGAGAAAUGAAUGAACCGGCGCCGAAUCGAGAACAGACCGUUGUUACCCUUCUGAAGCUCGGUGCUUACCCUGGAGCCGUUGAAGAUCCGACAUCUAAAUGUCCUGUGGGAGAAACAGCUGCUGAUUUAGCUUCAAGCAGGGGGCAUAAAGGAAUUGCUGCGUACUUGGCUGAAGCAGAUUUGACUAGCCAUCUAACUUCAAUGUCCAUAGCAGAAAAUGUGAUGGGUAGUGUCUCUGCAAGUCUUGCUGCAGAAGAAGCUAUUGAAUCUGCAGAAGUGCAAAAUAUCUGUUCCUUUGAUGUUGAAAGCGAACAGAUUCCUCUGAGAGAAUCGCUUGCUGCUGUUAGGAAUUCUGCUCUUGCUGCAGCACAAAUUCAUGCUGCCUUCAGGGCUCAAUCAUUCCGCCAACUACAGUUGACAAAAAAUGCCAAAAAAUCUGAUAUUGCUUAUGAAGUUAUGCUUUCUCCUCUAAAUAAGAGGAUUCACAAGACAGGGCACUUCAAUGAGUAUUUACAUAUUUCUGCCAUUAAAAUACAAAAAAAGUAUCGAGGCUGGAAGAGCCGCAAGGAAUUUCUAAAAAUCAGGGACCGAAUUGUGAAAAUACAGGCUCAUGUGAGGGGGCAUCAGGUUCGUAAACAAUAUAAAAAGGUGGUUUGGUCAGUUGGAAUUGUAGAGAAGGUAAUAUUACGCUGGAGGCGUAAAGGGUCUGGUUUACGAGGUUAUCGGGCUGAGAAAGCAACUGUCACUGCCGAGCAGGAGGUUGAAAUGGCCGAUGAAUAUGAUUUUCUUCAUGUUGGUCGGAAACAGAAAGCAGCUGGUAUUGAGAAAGCCUUGGCAAGAGUCAAGUCCAUGGUUCGUUGCCCAGAAGCUCGAGAGCAAUAUGCGAGACUGAUGGCAAGUUCAAGCAAAUCAAAGGUAGGAUCUGUAUAUAGUUCGUCUGAUCAAGUUGACAGUUCAGAUAAGGAAAAUUUGCUGGAACAAGAAGAUCCUUCUGCAUCUUGAGUAGAUGCCCCUGACUUAGUCUUAUUUAUUGCCUGUUCAACGGGUCUGGAGAACUAUCAUUUUUGGCUCACUAACAUAUUUUUUUAUUCAGUAAAUAUAAUCGAGUUUUUUUUAAGUGUAAAGGGUUUUUUGCUAAUCUGAAAUUAACACGGGAUAAAAGAGAGAGAGAGAGAGAGAGAGAAAGCAAUAAAUUAGUCUCUUGUAAGUGAUUCAUGUAUCCAUUUACCCAGUUGGGAUCUAUUUGAUGAAAAUAAAAUCCCUGUAAAUUCAAACUUAUUACAACUGAGUGUUUUAUUCUUUGAAUUUAUUUUGAGAUCUGUGAAA